CCAUCACCAUCCCAAUCCCAAACCAUCAAUCCCUAACCCUCAACCACCAAACUCACCAUCACCACCCACACCACCACACCACCACCCACCAUGCCCACCACCACCACCCCCCAAGACCCCCAGGAUCCCCAACCCCCCGCCAUCAAUUUCAUCCUCUCCUUCCUGCUCGUCGGCCUGGCCUGGGGCCUCACCACGCCCUUCAUCCGGCGCGCCGCGCGCGACCACCGCCCGCCGGCGCACCCGCUGCUGGAGUCGCCGGCUGUGCGCCAGAGCCGCGUGCGCAAGCGCGUGUACAAGGCCUUCUUCGCGGUCGUGGACCUGCUGCGGAAUCCGCGGUAUGCGGUGCCAUUGGUGCUGAACCUGACGGGGAGUGUGUGGUUCUUUUUGUUGAUUGGGAAGGCUGAACUGAGCUUGACGGUGCCGAUUGUCAACACGCUGGCGUUCUUGUUCACGGUCGUGGGCGAGUGGUGGGUGGAGGGCAAGGUUAUCAGUCGAGAUACGAUGAUUGGGAUGCUGCUGUCGGUUGGCGGCAUUGCGUUGUGCGUGCAGAGCAAGAACGUUGCUUGAACCGGACGGGAGUCGGGGGUGUUGUGUGGGCUGUUUCUCAUACCGAUAUCGUCGUUCUUGCUGCAUAUGCUUCAAUCGAUAGAUUUCAUUGCCGCAACAUAUCACCAAAGCCCAUGUCCAUGUACGAG